AUGAGCUUAGACAAUGACGAGAAGCGAGCUCGUACACGAUCCAAGGCCCUCCGAGUUCCCCCAGAGCCUGCAGGUGCCGACCUCAGCUGUCCCACCCCCGGGUGCACGGGCUCGGGACACAUCCGGGGCAAGUACUCCAGGCACCGAAGCCUGCAGAGCUGCCCUCUGGCCAAGAAGCGGAAGCUGGAGGGUGCCGAGGCCGAGCACCUGGGGUCCAAGCGGAAGGCGCACCCCCUGAAGCUGGCUCUGGGCGAGGGCUACGGCACGGACAGCGACGACAGCGAGGGUGCCGAGGUGAAGGGCGCCUCUGUUUCCGAUGAAUCGGAAGGAGCUGCGGAGGAGGACGAGGCCGGGGCCUCAGGACAGGAGGAGAUUCAUCGCCGCGCGCCAGCUGAAGGAAGGAGCCCCGUCGAGGCUCAUUUUGGAUCCAAUCCCAUCAGCAGCCUCACGGGCUCCUCCAAGGGCAGCUACAGCAGCUAUCAGGAAAUCAUCGCAACUUCUCUCCUAAAUUUGGGCCAAAUCGCUGAAGAGACAUUGGUUGGGGAAGACUUGGGCCAGGUGGCCAAGCCGGGACCCGGCAUCGUGCACCUGGUCCAGGAGGAGGCUGAGGAAGGAGCCACCAGUGACGAGGGGGAGAAGGACGUCUUUGUGCAGCCAGAAGAUGCAGAGGAAGUGAUCGAAGUCACCAGCGAGCGCUCCCAGAAGCUGUCUCCCCAGUCUCUGGAGGGUGUGGCCAGUGAGGAGUCUAGCCAGCAGAAAGUGGCCCUGGGCAAUGGGGAGGAAGAGGAGGAGGAGGAGGAAGAGGAGGAGGAGGAGGAGGAGGAGGAGGAGGACGAGGAGGAGGAGGAGGAGGAGGAGGAGGACGAGGCCCCUCCCGAUGUGAUCUGCCAGGAGGAUGGCCCCCACGCCCCUGCCCCAAAGGCCCCCGAGACCCGGCGCCCGGCGCCUCCCAGCCCCACGCCCGCACACUCUGUCCUGGUGGAGGUGCGCUCUGACCAUGGCAAGGACGAGGACUCACGCUCCCAGAAGUCUGCAGUCACGGAUGAGUCGGAGAUGUACGACAUGAUGACCCGCGGGAACCUGGGCCUCCUGGAGCAGGCCAUCGCCCUGAAGGCUGAGCAGGUGCGGGCUGUCUGUGAGCCGGGCGGCCCCCCUGCCGAGCAAGGCCCGCUGGGCCCCGGCGAGCCGGGGAAGGCCGCGAGGGCCCUGGAUGCCGCCCGGAAGAACUACUGCAGCAAAGAUCCCUCAAGAGCUGAGAAGCGUGAGAUCAAGUGUCCGACACCAGGCUGUGACGGCACUGGCCACGUCACUGGGCUGUACCCGCACCACCGCAGCCUGUCUGGCUGCCCCCACAAGGACAGGAUCCCCCCGGAGAUCUUGGCCAUGCAUGAGAACGUGCUCAAGUGCCCCACUCCUGGCUGCACAGGCCAGGGCCACGUGAACAGCAACCGUAACACGCACAGAAGUUUGUCUGGGUGUCCCAUUGCUGCUGCCGAAAAACUAGCCAAAUCUCAUGAUAAACAACAGCCACAGACGGGAGACCCUUCCAAGAACAGCUCCAACUCGGAUCGGAUCCUCAGGCCCAUGUGUUUCGUGAAGCAGCUUGAGGUCCCCCCAUAUGGAAGCUACCGGCCCAGCGUGGCCCCCACCACACCCAGGGCCAACCUGGCCAAGGAGCUGGAGAAGUUCUCCAAGGUCACCUUCGACUACGCAAGUUUUGACGCUCAGGUUUUUGGCAAGCGCAUGCUUGCCCCAAAGAUUCAGACCAGCGAAACCUCACCGAAAGCCUUUAAAUGCUUCGACUGCGCCCACGACGCGGAGGCUGCGCAUAUGGCCGCCACCGCCAUCCUGAACCUCUCCACGCGCUGCUGGGAGAUGCCCGAGAACCUCAGCACAAAGCCGCAGGACCUGCCCGGCAAGGCCGCGGACAUCGAGGUGGACGAGAACGGCACGCUGGACCUGAGCAUGCGCAAACACCGCCGGCGGGAGGGCGCCUGCGCGGGCGGCGGCGGCGGCGGCGGCGGCCCGGGCGUGAAGUCGGCCGACGCCUCCCGGCGCCAGGGCAGCGCCGGCGCCCCCAGCAGCUCCGUGAGCGCGCCCCCGCCCAGCCACGCCUCCCGCCAGGACGAGUGGGACCGGCCGCUGGACUACACCAAGGCCGGCCGCCAGCGCGGGGAGGAGCCUGAGGAGUCAGAGCCAGCAGCCCAUUCUUUUGCUUCUUCUGAAGCAGAUGACCAGGAAGUGUCGGAGGAGAAUUUUGAGGAGCGGAAGUACCCUGGGGAGGUCACCCUGGCCAACUUUAAGCUGAAGUUUCUCUCCAAGGACAUAAAGAAGGAGCUGCUCACCUGCCCCACCCCCGGCUGUGACGGCAGUGGCCACAUCACUGGGAACUAUGCCUCCCACCGCAGCCUCUCUGGUUGCCCUCUUGCUGACAAGAGCCUCAGAAACCUCAUGGCUGCCCAUUCUGCUGACCUCAAGUGCCCCACACCCGGCUGCGACGGCUCCGGCCAUAUAACGGGGAACUACGCAUCGCACCGGAGCUUGUCAGGCUGCCCUCGUGCCAAGAAAAGUGGAGCCAAGGCUACACCCACGAAGGAUGACAAGGAAGACCCUGAGCUGAUGAAGUGUCCAGUUCCGGGCUGCGUGGGGCUUGGUCACAUCAGCGGCAAAUACGCCUCUCACAGAAGUGCGUCAGGCUGCCCGCUGGCUGCCCGAAGGCAGAAGGAGGGUUCCCUCAAUGGCUCGUCCUUCUCCUGGAAGUCCCUGAAGAAUGAGGGGCCCACCUGCCCCACCCCAGGCUGUGACGGCUCUGGCCACGCCAACGGGAGCUUCCUCACCCACCGGAGUUUGUCUGGCUGUCCCAGGGCGACCUUUGCUGGAAAGAAGGGAAAACUCUCAGGGGACGAGGUUCUUGGCACGAAAUUCAAGACAAGUGAUGUGCUGGACAACGAUGAGGAGAUCAAGCAGCUGAACCAGGAGAUUCGCGACCUGAACGAGUCCAACUCCGAGAUGGAGGCCGCCAUGGUGCAACUGCAGUCCCAGAUCUCUUCCAUGGAGAAGAGCCUGAAGAGCAUCGAGGAGGAGAACAAGCUCAUCGAGGAGCAGAAUGAAGCCCUGUUUCUGGAGCUGUCGGGCCUGAGCCAGGCCCUCAUCCAAAGUCUUGCCAACAUCCGCCUUCCGCACAUGGAGCCAAUAUGCGAACAGAAUUUUGAUGCCUAUGUAAGCACCCUCACCGACAUGUACUCCAACCAGGAGUGCUACCAGAACCCCGAGAACAAGGACCUCCUCGAGAGCAUCAAGCAGGCCGUGCGGGGCAUCCAGGUCUAGGCCUCCUCUUCUGAGGAGCCGCUGUGCUGAUCCGGGGCACCUGGGGCAUCCCAACUUGCCUCCAUCUUUUGCCUCCCUUGCCCUGCCCUCCCAGUGGAGAGUCCCAACUCACAGUGACUUCUAGUUGGCAGCCCAGGGUGGCCUCGGGGGGGGGGGGGGGUGGUUUACCCAGACGGGUGCCUGGAAAUUCGUGUCUCCCUCAAUGCGAUGUGCUCACCGGGCGGGAGGCCUUGACCUCUCCACGUGAGUGCGGGGCGUGAAGUAUUACAAAGUGAUUUAUUUUUGCUUCUGAAAGCUCGAAGUCUCCAGUGAAAACUCACAGACAAGGUUCUCAGGGAAGUUUUGGAGCUGCAACCACAGUAUUCCUUUGUCUGUCAAGGCCGAGAGGGCAGCCUGGCCUGGCGGGUGGUGUGUGUGUUGAGUCAGCCUGGAGUGGCCAGUGCGCCCGCGCGGUGAGGCCGCCGUGGCAAGUGUGUUUCCUGUUGUCCUUUGAUUCAGUUUUAUGUUAAGGGUAGAAGAGAGCAGCAUUCCAGAAGGUAGGUUAGGAAUAGGCCUCGAGGAAGCUGGCCUGGGACCCCCUGAAAGUCAAUGGCAGCUCCACACGGACGCACUGCCGGCUGAGCCUGCAGACCCUGCACUCGGGGUCAGGCUCCCUUGAGGCUGCAGCCUUUAGACCCAGGUCAGGGUCAAGGCCAGGGCCUCUGUCUCUCUGUGUGCCCACCUGGCCUGUGACCUGGCACUGCCCAUCACCUGGAUCAUGGCUGAGCUUUACUGAGGUGGGGACAAUGUCAGUGAGGGUAGGGGAUCAAUUCCUAACUGGAGACCACCAAGGUGUCACUUCUUUUUAGAUCCAUUCGAGAUUCAAAAGAAGGUAAUUUUUGAUUUAAUGUGUUAAAAACACAAUGUUCCUAACAUGUAAAUAGAGUCCAAAUCAACUGUGACUGCAAUUCCAAGUUAGUAUUUAAAAGUAGAGAAAUUGCACUUCCUGGAAGAAAUAAGACAGUAGUUAGUUUAAUUAUUCUGUAAAUUAUUUAAUUUUGUCAAAAUGUAAGUAUUUAUAUUCGCAACCUCUUAUGUUAACGUUUGCUAUUUAUUUAACAUUUUUAUUUAUUAAUUUUAUACUAUUUUAC